CCUCUCUCAGUCCUGCUUGAGCUGUUGACGCUGAUGGCGUGGUUCACGAUUCGUAUGCUGCAUAGUUGGGCUUCGGGUACCCUGGUCAACGCCGGGGAAGCUUUUCAGUUCGCGUGGUGGGUUAUAGUCCAGAUAUGUCGCAUCAUGGUGGUUGGUUUCAAGACACAGCACGCUACACGGGAUAUCUACAGAAAGUAUUGGUAUAUACCAUUCCCGUGGGCUGCGCUCAGUUUGGCCCUGCAUGCCUUCGCCGCUCAUCGGAUAUUGUCGCGUACAGACCCCUCUAUAAGCAUCACAGGCACGACCCGCAAUCGGUGAUCAGGUAGGAUAGGUAGAUAUCAUCUACUGUUAAUAAGCCUCUAGAGGUAGGUAGAUUAAGGCAGUGGGGGAACCUGUCCAAGCCCUGCCUAGUCCUUUUUCUCUACACGUGAUCCCCGAAUAGCUUCACUUAUCUGUUGUGUCACAAUAUCAACAUACAUUUGUUUAUUCACAAGUUGUGC